GCUGGCUGGCGCACAGGUGCAAUCAUCUGUUAAGUGUCUCCUCUUCACUCGGCGCCUCUUCAACGUGUGAUCGGACUCGGCGUGUUUGCAUUGCGGCGGUGCGCCGGUUCUGACGGGAGUUGCUAGGGAACGUCUGAUGACAGCAGCCACUGAUGGGAAUUUAAAACAUUGUCACGAAGACGUGAUGCUGUAGCAGACCUGGUUUUAUUUUUUUAGUGUAUUUUUUUUUUCUCCAAAGAUUUAUUUAAGGUUAUUGCGACUGGAUGAUGUCUGGAUGGUCUCAGCUGCGAGGGGUCACUGGUGAUGUGCGCACCAGACCCUGAUGCCCAAAACAACCACAUGUAAAUACAGCGCUGAAUGCACACUGUGCGCGCGCGCGCGCGUGUGUGUGUGUGUGUGAUUAAAAACAUUUCCAGGUGCAUGUGUGUGGUCGGAGUCUUCCUGCGGGCUGGAUCCCGUCAUGUCUGUUGGCUCAGCCUCUGAUGUCACUGAAUGAGCAGUCGGGCUCCUCAGUGCGCACCUUCGGGUAGGCAGCUGUGGCACAGGCAGUGGCUUUUUCUGCUCGUCCACACAACUCACCCAGAACCCUUUUGGUUUGGGGUUUUCUUUCUGUCACAUAUCCAGCAUCCGGAUUUUAAUCUGUGGUGUUGAUGUCCUGUGAGACACUCUCAUCGCCAGUCCUUUUUUAAACUUUUUGUUUUUGGGACGAAGAAAUUCAGCAGUCGCCAGACACUCGCAGUGUCUUCGCCGACGUCUGUUCAUACGCCGCGUGUGGUGCAGUUUACGCAGCGGUCCGCGUUCGGCGCCGGCAUGGAGAGCAGCGUGGUGCGCAUCUACAAGGAGGACCGGUGUCCCGGGGCCCGGGCGGAGGAGUGCGUCCCGAGCGUCACCUGGCAGCCCGGCUCGCCGGACCCCUUCAACUACACGCCCAACGGCACAUGGGACGCCGAGCCCGAGCCCAUGUCGCCCAUCAUCCCCAUCAUCGUCGCGGUGUACUCCGCGGUGUUUGUGGUGGGGCUGGUGGGCAACUGUCUGGUGAUGUAUGUCAUCAUCCGAUACACCAAAAUGAAAACGGCCACCAACAUCUACAUCUUCAACCUGGCCGUGGCGGACGCCCUGGUCACGACCACCAUGCCCUUCCAGAGCACCGACUACCUGCUCAGCUCCUGGCCGUUCGGCGAGGUGGCGUGCAAGGUCUUCAUCUCCAUCGACUACUACAACAUGUUCACCAGCAUCUUCACCCUGACCAUGAUGAGCGUGGACCGCUACGUGGCCGUGUGCCACCCGGUCAAGGCCCUGGACUUCCGCACGCCCGUCAAGGCCAAGAUCAUCAACGUGAUCAUCUGGAUGCUGUCGUCCGCCGCCGGCAUCCCUGCCAUGAUACUCGGCAGCACUAAGACCAAUAACGGAACCACAGAGUGUGCCCUACAGUUCCCUGAGCCCUACAUCUACUGGGACACGAUGAUGAAGAUCUGCGUCUUCAUCUUCGCCUUUGUGGCACCCGUCAUCAUCAUCACUGUGUGCUACACGCUGAUGGUCAUGCGGCUGAAGAGCGUGCGCCUCCUGUCGGGCUCGCGCGAGAAGGACCGCAACCUCCGCCGGAUCACGCGCCUGGUGCUGGUGGUGGUCGCGGUCUUCGUGGUGUGCUGGACGCCCAUCCACAUCUUCAUCCUGGUCAAGGCGCUGUCGGGCAACGUGCCCGAGACCACCGCCGUCAUGGCGGCGUACUUCUUCUGCGUGGCGCUGGGCUACACCAACAGCAGCCUCAACCCCAUCCUCUAUGCCUUCCUGGACGAGAACUUCAAGAGGUGCUUCAGGGACUUUUGCUGCCCCGGUGCCCAAGGACACAGGGGCGGCCAGGGGGUGAGCCGGGUGAGGAGCACCCUGCGAGACCACUCAUGUCCCACAGAAGCUCAGGGAGGUAUGAGGCAGGCCAGGCCAGUAUGACUAGCCAUGGAGACGUCCUCUACACACUAUCAGGGCUGGGAGGACUCCAAUGACCUAGGUUUGACUCAGAUCACCACGGCCAUCUAACAGAUGGCUAAUCAUUAUUUAUUCAUCCAAAUGGUUGGCAAGAGAAUUCAAAGACAUAUUCACGCCAAGGACAAUCUUGUGAUAUUCUGUAUUUUUCUCAUUGUCAACAAAAUCCCAUGAAAAGUCCAAAACCAAUGAGGAAAUUGAUUCUACGAACAAGUGUUGUCUGUGUAUCCAAAGCCUGACAUGAUUAAUUCCUCCACUGUUGUUCCACAUUAUCCCCUCAUUACAAUAAACAUGGGGACAUUGAGUUUAGCCGUGUUCCAAUGUAAUGGCCGCAUCCUUCAAAGGACGCAGUCUACAUCCAACGAAGACCCUCCACCCCCGCCUUUGUUGGCCGCGUAGACCACAAAGGCCGAUCCGAAAUGAAGCGGUCAGGUCUGUGGCGGAUUCCCUAUUUUCCGUCACCAGUCGGUUUUCGCCCGUACGGCUGUCGCCUAGCAACGGAGCUGCAGUUGCCCACAUUAUGAAAAAGUUUGUCAAUGGAUCCUGGGAUCCACGUGUUGGAUCCUUUGUUGCUCUGCUGAUGGAAGGAUGCAUUUGUCAUUCAAAAAAUAUUUUUUGAUUAUUGCUAAUUUUUGUAAUAAUUUUUUGUAGGAACCAGUUGGCUUGAGGGGGAGUGCCACAGACAGGGCAGGGGUAUAGGAAAGUAUUUAGAGAAGUACUAGGACAAGGUUUUGGUCUUUUUAAUAAUAAAGUUGAGAUCGAAAGCAAAUGAGACAGUGAUUGCCAGAAACCUCUGGAAUCACACCCCAGUUCGAUCUUAAACCAUUGUACAGUAUUUAUAUUUAUAGCUGAAAUCUAAAACUUGUUGUAUUAAAAAACUGAAAUCCAAUUAAAAGCAUUUGAAGCGUUCUCACAUCUAAUUAAAAAAAAAGAUCAAGUGGUGUUUUGUGCAAAGAAUGAAAAGGAGAAAUUGUCCCUGAUUUGUAUGUAUUUCAUUUGUCAGGAACAACCUGUAUCAUGAGCAUUAUUCCACACUUAUUGUCUUUUAUGUGAAUUGUAGUUUGGUGCUUAGCUGUACUGUAAUUUCCGUAACCUUUUUCUUUGAAGAGUCUCAUUUGGCAGUAAACCCAUUUAGGAUAUUUAAUAACCUCUCAGGGAUCAAUCUCCGUAAUUCACCACAAACAGAGACCGAUUCAACGUUUUUCUUUUCCUUUUUCUCCUUGACAAGAUGCUCGUCGUGGCUUUCGAAACAUAUGCGUCCCCUGUUUCUUCACAGCUGAAUUUUGCGCUUUGAGAAUCUAUUAUUACACCUGACACUGCUCCACACCUUUGGACAUUUCCCGCUGUGACAACUACGUCAAACCUAGGAGAUGUCAAGUAUAUCGCACAUAGUAUGUUCUCCACUGUCUGAAACAAUAAGUACAUGUGGAAAGGUUUUCAGAUUUUUCAGAUUUUCUCUCAGUAAAAUCCUUUUUUUCUUCUUCUAUUUUUUGUGUAUAAUGUACUGACAACGUGAAAUGUGAUAAUGAGUAGUUCAUUUUGAUAGAAGCGUGUGGGCUAGCCUUUGUUAUAACUAAUGAUCAGUUGGUGUAUCCAGAUGAGGAACAUUUUCCGUUGUAUACAUUGAAUUUAUGUAAUUUCACGUGCCAUCGUUUGUUGCGCUGCAUUUCACAUCUUUGUCAUUGUGUAAAAUGUAAUUUCAUUUAAUGUCUUGGUUUGCCUGCAUUAUUGUAGCUUUUGUAGGAGUCAUCGAAUUAACCAUAUUUAAUCAAAUCAAAGUCUUUUGAGGAUUUUGAACUAACCAUACAAAUAUUACCCGCCUAAAUCUGAUAAAGAUGUAGUCAUAGCAGACGUGUGUUUGUGGCUUGUUUUGUGUGCCUUAUUGUAGAAUUAUCUGACCCUUAUUGGUCUCGCAGUGGACGUGCUUAGUUACAGUGUGCUUCUUAAUUAUUCCUCUCAUAACUAAUAAGAAAGGAUUUCAUUCUUUGCCGCAUAAACACAUGAUCCGCUGAAUUCAGUGUGCUGCUGCUGUGUGAACUCUCUGUAUCUGUUAUAUACUGUGUUUAUAUUUUGCUGAAUCUUUUAGCUAUGAAUGUCAGAACAUGCCACGCACUGUACAUGCGCAACUAAGUCAAAAUAAAGCUACUGAUCACAA